AUGGUACAGGAAAUAUGUGUUUCAUUCUUUUCUUGGACAUCCCUUGGGGUGCUUUACAUUAUGAACAAUGUUCCAGUCUUUCGGAAGCCCAUGGUUAUUGGAUUUGCUGUUUUGGUGGCUGUGUUUAUCUUGAUCUACCUAUCUACAUGCAGCAAUCCCCCAAAAGAUCCUUUGUUCUAUGUCUUUGCAGAGUUCUCCUUUACCUGCAUCAUUUCUCUCAUAAGUGCACUGGAAUAUGACGGCUUUGUGUCUGGAUACAUGGAGUUCUACCAGCAGUGGGGGGAACCAUACCUCAGUGCCUCAUAUUCCAUCAUGAUGUGCCACUGGGAGGGAAUAGUGCACUACUUUGUGUACCUGUCACUGAUCCACUGCAUGUCCAGCAGAAAGCCUUACCGCAGCUUGGGAAUUUUUUGGGCUGGAUCACUGUUGGCCAACAUGGUUGUAUUUUUGCCAGGGAUUGUUGUUGGUAAGCAUGCCUCUGAGAUCCAUCCUGCCUACUGGAUCAACUUGCCCUUUUUACUACUGCCUGUUUGGGGAGCUAUCCGCCUCUUACAGAAACCAAGGGAGAUACUUGUUGUGUCAGUGUCUAAGGCAGAACGUGAACAGAGGAAGUCUCUGAUCUGGAGACCAGUGGAUCUUUUAUUUGUCAUUUACCUGCUGGGUGCCAUGGUCUUUACAAUCUUCAGAGGACUGGUGACAAUUCAGAGAUGCAUUACAUUACUAGAUACAUAUACAUUAUGUAGGUUUACUUAUUUAAGUGCAGUUGGUUUUCCAAAGGUUAUGAUGCUGCUGCUCCUGUUCCACGCUUUGCCGAUGCUGGGUGCAUUUGUUUACGGCCUGAUGACUCCUGGAUGCACCUGGAUGCUGGACUGGACUGUUUUCACUGCUGGAGCCAUAGUACAGUCUCAGUGGUGUCAUGUUGGUGCCUCUCUUCAUCCACACACUUCCAAAGCAUCUCAUUUUCCAGAUUCGGGUUUGGUUCCUGCACUACUUCUGAAUCUGCUGUAUGCCACAGGGCCGCUGCUCCUGAGCCUGCGCUGCACAUUUAAACUGGCUAUGCCAAUUACUGAGGAGGGUUUAAUUUGGGUUAAAUUCCUGUUUCCAGUUUAUGCUUGUGUGACUCCAGCAUCCUUUAAACAUGCCAACGGUACCAGUGGAUGCCAGUAGAUAAACUGGCUACUCUAAAUUUCCCCCUGUGUGAAUGAAUAAGUGAUGACUUACAAAUUCACACCCUCUUAGUUUUUCAGAAUGAAGAAUGCACUUCAGAAUAAGAAUAUGUAUGUAUUUUAAAGCAUAUCUAAGCUUUUUCCUUUAAUGGAUGUUUUUAAGAGAAGCUGUAUACACAAGAAGA